CACCCCGUCCCGGACCGGAACAUCUCCCUGCCCUCCCCAGCUCGCGCCGCUACGUCUCCACCAUCCCGUCACACCGGCCCUGCAUGACAGUGAUAAACGAUGGCAUGUAGGACAGAGGUGUGAGGAUAGACAGCAGAGACAUCAUGUGCCAUACAGCUCACCACUUUCAUCAGAUCUCCAUCCAGCUUCUUCUCAAUCUUCUCCAUCAACAUUAUUUUCACUAAAUAGUUCAUCUGAUUAUAGUUACAUGGGAGGCUCGGAGGGGUUGGCGGAGGGGUAUUUGGGGGCUCAGUACCCCCCCGUGUCAACAAGCUUCCCCCCUUUUGGCCCCCUAAAUUUGGAACCAAACAAUUGUGGGCGUAACGCGCAGUUUGUCAAGAGGAAAUUACUCAAAGCGAGACCGCAUGCAGAGACCGCGCACUUCAGAGAGAAGGAGCUUCACAUGUUCAUCAGAGCUGCACCAAUAAAAGAUACAGUGGGUGAUAUGAAGCAGACGCGACUGUCCAGACGAAAUAUGGGAAGAUUUUUUUAAUCAUUAUGAAGGAUUCAUCAAUCACUCAAUGAAUGAGAUGCUAGAAGUCCAGAAUUUAGAUGUAAAGGAAUAACCUGACCAACAGUGAACAGUAACUCUAAUGUUGUGUCAGCUCAUGAUCUUCUGUCUUCUGUGUUAGUUCAUAUGUAAUUUUGAGAUGAAUUUCACUACCAAAUGAGCUCAUACACAAAAUAGACCAUAAUUUAAAGCUCAAUAGGAUUUGAAGGGAAUGACUUACAGUCACAAAACUAACUGUAUAGUAUUCAUGAUGGUGUCAGCUAUUACGCACACCUUUUAGAUGUGUCAACAUGUAUAAUCAAUAUUUAGAAGCAUAAUCUAAAACGUAAAAUACACUCUAAUCAAACAAUAUUCUAAGUGUGUACUGAGUUAAAAAAAGACCCUGUGUUUUUCUUUAAAUCAGCAUUUAGACAUUUUGAAGAAUCCUGUGUUUGUCUGCACAGAAACUGCUUUUGUAAGUGAACAAUCUUGAGGCAUGAUAGCUACCAAGUGUUGAAUUAGGACAGGAGAGGAGGACAGGGUCAGUAUGGUGAAAUUUAUGAUGAGCAAAUCAAGAUAUACUUGUAUCACCUUAAUUGCAGAGCUGAUUAAUAACUGAUAAUGAUGAUAACCAACAAAUGAGCAGGUUUUCACUGACUGUGCAGGCAUUGACCCAGAGGUAUUUGUCAGCAUGCCAGCCUAUAAAACACAGAAACAGAUUUUUAUUUUUUUUAAUCACAGAUAUUAAUCUUUAAUUCAUUGUUUAAAACAUUUCUGAUAUCCCCAUCGAUAGCAGGGCAAAAAUCACAAUCAUGUAUCUUGUGUAGCAUUGCAAUGGAUACCAUUAUAGGUCUGUGAAUAAUCAUUCACCAUGAGUACAUUUACUAAUAGAAUAUAUACUGUAAUAUUGCAUUGUUAUUCUUUUGAUUCUUGUUAUUCUGUAGACUAAUCCUACAGCACAGAUCAUACAUUUGUAAUAUGUUCCUAUGGGAUUAGCUAUUAAUUUGACCUUCCUUUUAAUCAUUGUUAUUAAAGUGGGGCAUCAUAAAAUGAGUUCAGUGACCUAAAGGCCAUUAGUUUAGGUCAUUGCUGAAUGGGAAUACUGUAUUUAUGUGGUUGUAAGAUAGAAUGCAUUAUUACAUAAUUUAAUUAAUGUUAUGAAACGGGACUGGAGGCGGAUGCAGGUGCAGGUCGAAGUCUUUAUUAAACACCUAACUCAGAACCAAAGAAAACGCGGUCUUCACCGGACAACGAGAAACUGGAAUCGAGGCAUGGAAACAAACGAUACCAAUUUCAUCACUUAUCCAAGUGCUCAGUAACCGAGGGGUUUAAAUAGAAAACAUAAUCAAACCAAAACAUGAACACCUAAAAUUUUUUUCUUUUUCUAUGUUUACAGUACUACAUUAUACAAGCUAAACUAAUGCUUUUCAUAAGAACCUCAGGGCAAUGUCCAUCUAAAACUCAGUUCUUCACUGACACCACAACCUUGAGGGGUGUGAUCUUAUCUAUAGCUUGACAAGAAAUAACCUCUGUCACUCUAAUGGUGGGGCAGAUAGUCAAGGAGCUUUGUACAAGGUACUGAUUGCACAAAUCAGUCUUGAGGAGUAAUCACUGACAGUGACCACAGUCUUUACAGACACUGCUGAGAACCUCAGAGGAAAAGCAAAACCAGUAGGGAUACUGAUCAGACUAAAUCACUGAACUAAUGAAGAAAACUAAUCUGAGCAUCGAUCAUGAGCAUAUAGAAACAUGUCAUGAUAAAGCCACAGAAAGUAGAACUGGUGGUGACAAAAGAGGAGAGAAGGGCCUUGGUGUUGGCUUUUUCCAACUGUUUCGCUUUGCUACAUGGCUAGAUAUUGUGAUGAUGGUAGUUGGAGGGUUGUGUGCACUUGUCCAUGGUGCUGCCUCUCCUCUCAUGCUGCUAGUCUACAGCAAGAUGACUAACACCUUUGUAGCCUAUGAGCUGGAGAGUCAGGAACUAGCUGAUCCCAACAAAGUCUGCAUCAAUAACACUGUCACCUGGACUAAUGGGACCCUAGUGGAGCAGGGAGAUAAUACCACUGUGCAUUGUGGUGUAGAUAUUGAGGCACAGAUGACCAUGUUUGCUUAUUAUUAUGUUGGCAUUGGAGUGGGUGUUCUAAUUCUUAGUUAUUUUCAGAUUGCUCUGUGGGUCUCUGCAGCUGCAAAGCAAACACAGAGAAUCCGAAAAAUAUACUUCAAGAAUAUCAUGAGCAUGGAAAUUGGAUGGUUUGACUGCAAUUCUGUUGGAGAGAUGAACACAAGAAUAUCUGAUGAUAUUAACAAAAUCAACAAUGCUAUAGCAGAUCAAGUGGCCAUCUUUAUUGAGAGGAUUUCUACAUUUAUCUUUGGUUUUCUGGUGGGCUUUGUUGGAGGAUGGAAGUUGACACUGGUGGUGAUUGCAGUAAGCCCUCUGAUUGGAUUGGCAGCAGGACUCAUGGCUGUAGCAGUUGCAAGGCUGACAGGUCGUGAGUUGCAGGCCUAUGCUAAAGCAGGAUCUAUAGCUGAUGAAGUCCUCUCUGCCAUCAGAACGGUUACAGCAUUUGGAGGAGAGGACAAGGAGACUGAAAGAUAUGACAAGAAUCUCGAGGAGGCGCAGACAUGGGGGGUGAAGAAAGGAACUAUCAUUGGUGUAUUCCAGGGUUAUCUGUGGUGCAUCAUCUUCCUUUGUUAUGCUCUUGCCUUCUGGUAUGGAUCCAAACUUGUCAUUGAUACCAAAGAGCUCACACCUGGAACCCUCAUCCAGGUGUUCUUUGGUGUGCUUAUGGGAGCCAUGAAUCUGGGUCAAGCCUCUCCAUGUCUAGAGGCCUUCGCUUCUGGUCGUGCUGCAGCCAAGAGCAUCUUUGAAACCAUUGACAGGGUCCCAAAAAUAGAUUGUUUCUCCGAAGAAGGGCACAAGUUAGAGAGUGUGAAAGGUGACAUUGAAUUCCACCAUAUUCAUUUCAACUAUCCCUCCAGACCUGAAGUAAAGAUUUUAGAUGAUUUACACUUACUGGUUAAAGCUGGGGAGACUACAGCAUUUGUUGGACCUAGUGGAUCUGGAAAAAGUACAGCCGUCCAACUUAUUCAAAGAUUUUAUGACCCUCAACGAGGAAUGGUCACCCUAGAUGGACAUGACCUUAGGAGUCUGAAUAUCCAGUGGCUGCGUUCACUGAUAGGCAUUGUAGAACAGGAACCGGUUCUCUUUGCCACAACCAUUGCAGAGAACAUCCGCUAUGGCCGACCAGGGGUCAGCAGAGAAGAGGUUAUACAGGCUUCUAAAGAGGCCAAUGCUUAUAACUUUAUCAUGGACCUGCCACAGAAUUUUGAUACACUGGUUGGAGAGGGUGGCGGUCAGAUGAGUGGUGGGCAGAAGCAGAGGAUUGCAAUCGCUCGAGCACUGGUCAGAAACCCCAAAAUCCUUCUGCUGGACAUGGCCACCUCAGCCCUGGACAAUGAGAGUGAAGCUGUAGUGCAGGAGGCACUGGACAAGGCCCGCAUAGGCAGAACCACCAUCACUAUUGCUCAUCGUCUGUCUACAAUCCGUAAUGCUGAUGUGAUUGUGGGUUUUGAACAUGGCCGUGCUGUGGAGAGGGGCACACACAAACAAUUAAUGAGCAGACAGGGAGUCUAUUUUACUCUUGUUACACUCCAGGAGCAAAGAAGCAUGAAUCCCCAAACAGACAAAACAUCUGAAGCCAGCAAUCUUGAGGAUGAUAGAAUUGAGCAGAUAACAAGUUUCAGUAGAGGAAGCUAUGGGUCAAGUUUAAGGCGAUCCUUGCGAAUCAGGUCACAGUCCCAAAUGUCAAACCACUUCAUUGAUGCUAUAUCUGGAGAAAUUAAGUUUGAUUCUGAGAGCCUUGAAAUUAAGGCACUGAGAGAAGCAAAGAAAAUUGAUGACGUAGAAGAGCUGACUGAAUCAGCACCAGUGGCUCGAAUUCUGAAGUACAACCAGCCUGAAUGGCUGUACUUGUUGACCGGCUCUUUAGCAGCAGGUAUAAAUGGAUCCUUCAAUCCUAUAUACGCCCUCUUAUUCAGCCAGAUUAUAGGGACAUUUGCUAUCAGAGACCUGGAUGAACAAAGAGAGCAAAUUGAUGGAAUCUGUGUUCUCUUUGUCUCUGUGGGAGUUAUGAGUUUCUUCUCACAGUUCCUGCAAGGGUUUGCCUUUGCUAAGUCUGGUGAGCUACUGACUCGGAGGCUAAGGAAGAUUGGUUUCCAGGCAAUGCUCAGACAGGAAAUCGGAUGGUUUGAUGAUCCGAACAACAGCCCUGGAGCUCUUACCACUAGACUCGCUACUGAUGCAUCCAUGGUGCAAGGGGCUACUGGCUCUCAGAUCGGCAUGAUUGUGAACUCUCUGACAAACAUUGGAGCCUCUUUAGUCAUUGCAUACUAUUUUAGCUGGAAGCUAAGUUUGGUAGUGACAUGCUUCCUCCCUCUUAUUGGCCUCUCUGGAGUCAUCCAAGUUAAAAUGCUGACUGGCUUUGCUAAUGAGGACAAGAAAGCAAUGGAGGUGGCAGGACAGGUGUCCAGUGAAGCUAUGGCCAACAUCAGGACAGUUGCAGGCCUAUCUAAAGAGAAACAGUUUGUGGCUUUGUAUGAGCAGCAGCUGGAUGCACCCUACAAAGCAGCCAAGAAGAAGGCUAACAUCUAUGCCAUCUGCUUUGCUUUUGCCCAAUGUAUUAUCUUCAUGGCAUAUGCAGCCUCAUUUAGAUAUGGUGGCUAUUUGGUUAAUUUUGAAGGCCUGCACUAUGUGGUCGUUUUCAGAGUAAUCACUGCCCUUAUAACCAGUGGCACAGCUCUUGGAAGAGCUUCAUCUUUCACGCCAGACUAUGCCAAAGCCAAAAUUGCUGCUGCCCAGUUCUUCAAAUUACUUGACAGAGUCCCUAAAAUCAGCAGUAGUCAGGAGGGAAGAAGAUGGAAUAACUUUAAGGGUAGGAUUGAGUUCAAAAACUGUAGGUUUACCUAUCCAAGCCGGCCUAACAUCCAGGUGCUGAGGGGACUGGAGGUGGAAGUGAGCCCCGGCCAGACUCUUGCAUUUGUGGGCAGUAGCGGUUGUGGCAAGAGCACAAGCGUUCAACUACUGGAAAGAUUUUAUGACCCAGACCAGGGCCAAGUGCUGAUAGACGGACACCCAUCCCAUGAAAUUAAUGUACCAUUCCUGAGGUCUCAGAUUGGAAUUGUAUCUCAGGAGCCUGUGCUUUUUGACUGCACAAUAGCAGAAAACAUCCAGUAUGGAGCUAACUCACAGUCCGUCACCAUGGAGGAGGUCAUAGAGGCUUCGAAGAAGGCUUAUCUGCAUGAUUUUGUGAUGAGUCUACCUGAUAGAUAUGAGACUCAGGUUGGAGCACAUGGUUCUCAGCUGUCUAGAGGGCAGAAGCAGCGUAUUGCGAUUGCUCGCGCCAUUAUCAGAAACCCAAAAAUCCUUCUGCUGGAUGAGGCUACCUCUGCCCUAGACACAGAAAGUGAGAAGACAGUUCAGGCAGCGUUGGAUGAAGCUCGAUGUGGCCGCACCUGCAUUGUCAUUGCGCACAGACUCUCCACCAUUCAAAAUGCUGAUAUCAUUGCAGUGAUGUCUCAAGGUGUUGUUAUUGAGAAAGGCACACAUGAAGAGCUUAUGACUAAGAAAGGGGCCUAUCACAAGCUGGUUACUACAGGUGCACCCAUAAGUUAAAAACAAUAUUGUAGAAUGAUGUAGUAGACCUUUACCUUAAUUUACUAGUGUAUCAACAGGAUGUACACUGAUCUGGAGGAACUGUCCUUUCAGUUCAGUACAGUACACUGUAUUUGUCCAGUAUUAUAUUAUAGGCAGCGUAUGGAUUAUAUUACAUCACUGGCAGAUCUCUAUUUCUCUUGAUUACCCCCAGUGGUAAUAAUGUACUCUGUUAUUUUUAUAUGAUUAUUAUUGUUUCUUUUUUCUGAUAAUCUAAAUCAGGGGUGUCAGACGUACGGCCGGGAUGAAUUUUGAAAGUGAAAAAAUGCAUAAAAGACACGAACUUGAAAUUUUUAAUAAAAUGCUAUUCCUAAAUUAUGCGCUAGGGGCGCACUGUUUUAGUCAGAGUAGAAGACGCGGCACACUCUGGGACUCAGACCAAAUAGCAGAUGGCAGCAAUGCGCCUUCUGCUGUUUGUUAUUAUGGUGUAGUCUACCCUAUUUUCUACUCGUCCCCACACCCUCAUUAGCAAAACUGUCUGUCAAAAAGGAGAAAAGUGGAUACAGAGUGUAGAGUUUUCCAAGAAAAAUGGACCGCUUCCUAUUUAUUCACAGAGAUGAAUGGGUAAAAGUUAAAAAAAAAAAAUUUGCAAUUUAAUUUUAGUCAACAGCUUCGAUACAAAAGAGUUUGGUUUAAUGGAAUCCUACUGUUCAUGCAAUGCCAUAAAUAAAGUGUAAUACUAUAUUUAAAGUGCAGUACUAUAUUUUUCAGUUCCAAAUACCUGUGAAGUUUUUUGUAUUUGUACAAACACUGUGACCAGUUGUAAUGCACACAUGUAAAUGAUAAUCAGAAGCAAAUUGCACAUGUUUGUCUUAAGAAAUCUGAGGUUGUUCAUGAUAUAUUUUGUAAAAGGAUAUUUAAUUAAAUAUGAAGAUUUUCCUAAUGUACUUCUUUGCAUGAAAACAAAGGGAAAAACAUGGACUUAUUGUUAUUUAUAGUUAAUUAUGCUAUGAUUUUACUGGCCUGGCUCACUUGACAUCUAAUUAGGCUGUAUGUGGCCCCUGAACUAAAAUGAGUUUGACACCCCUGAUUUAAUUGAGGAAUCCUGUUUGAGUUGUGACAUAAUGUAGUCAAACAAGGACUUUUUUUUUUUUUUUUUUU